CGGAGAUUGUAGUGUAAAAGCAUCCUCAUGCCCCGGCCUUCUCUUCUCUUUAUACCUUUCUUCCUUGCCCACCUACUCACCAAAGCUGCUCUCCUGACGCUGUUGGGGGUCGAGUUUUUCUCCCGGGACGUCGUCAUACCGAAGAGGCCGGAGUAUCCGAUUCCGACAGGCUAGGUGGACCGGAGUUUUCGAUCAAUCCGAGGUGCUCCACUCGGUCGAAGCAGCCCCGAUUUACAACCGAACCCGUCGACUCCCCAGUCUCGGUUGUCAUCAACUUGUGAGACGAUGUCGAUGUCGGGACUCCCGCCGGGGUUCAUCCCCAGUUACGAGACGUGCCACGAAGUCUCUGCCUACUGCCCUGUCAAGGCCACCACGAUAGGCUACGCGCCCGUUAAGGGCCUCAACAUCUUCCUCGCCGCAGGCUAUGCCCUCGCAGCCGUCAUAACCCUCGGCGUGGGAGUAUGGAAGCGCACCUGGAGCUUUUCCCUUUCCGUGGCCGCCGGAUGCAUCCUUGAGUGUGUCGGCUACGUCGGCCGGGCCCUCCUCGCCGACAACCCCUGGAACGGCGACGCGUUCAAGAUCCAAAUCGUCGCCCUGGUCCUCGCACCAACCCUGAUCUGCGUCGGGCUGUACCUAACCCUCAAGCACGCCGUGACCAACCUCAACCGCUCCCUCAGCCGCCUCUCCCCAAAGCUGUACCCGGCCAUCUUUGUCCCCGCCGACGUGUCGUGCCUCAUCGUCCAGGCCAUUGGCGGCGGCGUGGCAGCUGCCGCCGGCCGCGACAGCUACGAGCUGCUGCAGCACGGCAACCGGACUAUCAUUGCCGGCAUCGUGCUGCAGGUUGUGGUCCUGGGCUUCUUUGGCGCCCUGGCGGGGGACUAUCUCUUCCGCGCGGCGAGGUAUUUUGGCAGCGGGGGUGUGACGGCGCAGCAGGAGCCCGGGGCGAUGUUAUGGGUGGAUAAAAAGUUCAGGAUGUUUCUCUACGCUAUGGCGGUGGCUUACACGGCGCUGAUGAUUCGGUGUAUCUACCGCAUUGCUGAGAUGGCUGGGGGCUGGGGCAACCACAUCAUGCAGGACGAGCCGUCGUUUGUGGUGCUCGAGUCGUUCAUGGUGCUGAUUGCCUCGCUGCUGCUGGCUGUGUUCGCGCCGGGCAUCUUUUUCCCGCAAAUGUCGCGCUCGGGGAGGGCUAGGGGGGACAAGGAGGGGGACGCGGGGAUGGUGACGGGGACUGAUACUCCCGGCACGGAGAUGGAGCAUCUUUAG